AUGUUGUCAUUCAGCGAAGUUAUUUCAUUUACCCAACAACGUUUAACAAGUCUACCUCCAGGUUAUUUGCCAAAAUGGUUACUAUUUAUUUCUGUUGUUUCAGUUUUCAAUUCUAUUCAAACUUAUAUCUCAGGUUUAGAAUUAACUCGUAGAGUUUAUGAAAGAAAACCACAACAAACUACUGAAUUGAGUGCUAGAACUUUUGGUACCUGGACCUUUGUUUCUUCCGUUAUUAGAUUAUAUGGUGCUUUAUAUUUAAACGAAGAACAUGUUUUCCAAUUGACUUUUAUCUCUUAUAUCAUUGCUUUAGCUCAUUUUGGUUCUGAAUGGAUGAUUUUUGGUACCUGUAAAUUUGGUAAAGGUUUAUUGGGUCCAUUAGUUGUUGCUUCAACCUCUUUGACCUGGAUGUACAACCAGAAAGAAUAUUACACUGGUUCAGCAUGGUAA